ACGAAAAAGCGCGCGCAAUGCCCUAAUUGGCUCUUCAAAUACCCAUUUCUAACACAAUCUCAACAUCCAGCCGAUUUCUCCUUCUCCCAAUCCGAAUCCAUCCAUCCGCCAAAAUGCUGCAGAAACGAAGAACUCUCGCUCUGAAACCCUCAAGCCGCCAUGAUUUUGCGUCAGAUCACGAGGAAUACGACGACGUUUCCUGUCAGAAAUGCGGCUCCGGCGACUCUCCGGCUGAGCUUCUUCUCUGCGACAAAUGUGAUAGAGGGUAUCAUCUCUUUUGUCUUUCGCCCAUCCUCGUUUCCGUCCCCAAGGGAUCGUGGUUCUGCCCGACUUGCUCCAACCACAAGAAGCUCCAAUCCUUCCCUCUUGUUCAAACUAAAAUUGUUGAUUUUUUCCGCAUCCAACGACCCGUUGACUCUCAAACGGACUUAAACCAAGAGAACCGAAAGAAACGAAGACGAACUGGUAGCUUAGUACUUAGUAAAAAGAGAAGAAAGCUCUUGCCAUUUAAGCCGACUGCAGAUACCGCGAGACGCUUGGAACAAAUGGCAUCACUGGCAACAGCAUUGACGGCUACAGGCACAGAUUUCAGUAACGAGCUUACAUAUAUGCGUGGCAUGGCACCAAGGUCUGCAAACUGCGCAUCUCUUGAGCACGGAGGAAUGCAGGUUCUUCCAAAAGAGGACGUUGAAACCUUAAACUUGUGCAAAAGUAUGAUGGAAAGAGGAGAAUGGCCUCCUCUUAUGGUUGUUUUUGAUCCUCGAGAAGGGUUUACUGUGGAGGCUGAUAGGUUUAUAAAGGACUGGACCAUAAUUACAGAAUAUACUGGUGAUGUUGAUUACUUGAGGAAUCGAGAACAUGAUGAUGGGGAUAGUAUGAUGACAUUACUGUCUGCGACUAACCGAUCUAAAAGCCUCGUCAUUUGUCCCGACAAACGUAGUAACAUUGCCCGUUUUAUUAAUGGAAUCAACAACCACACACCGGAUGGUAGGAAAAAGCAAAACCUUAAGUGUGUCAGGUUCAAUGUAAAUGGUGAAUGUAGAGUUCUACUGAUUGCAAACAGAGAUAUAUCUAAGGGUGAGAGAUUGUAUUAUGACUACAAUGGAUAUGAGCAUGAAUACCCCACUGAGCACUUCGUGUAACCCUUUACGUUGUAAAACCCACACAAUGUCUAUAGAUUAUAUAGACACAAGCUGAUCGAUGAAAGCCUAACUAAUUGUCUGGUUAGUUCUCUAAUCUUCAAAGUCCAAAACCACAUGUUAGUGCAAAUGUAAUUGUCCAAAAAUGUCAAGUGUUUCUUCUUUGA